AUGAAGCUUAACCCCGAGAAAUGUGCAUUCAGAGUAAGCUCCGGUAAAUUUUUGGGAUUCCUGAUGUCGCAAAAGGGGAACGAAGUUAACCCCGAUAAAAUUAAAGCCAUCAAAGAUAUCCCUGAUCAACUAUCAAGCGUGAAAGAGAUUCAAAGGUUGAUAGGAAGACUGGCUGCUUUAAGCAGAUUCAUUUCCCAGUAUUCGAAAAAAUGCCAUCACUUCUCACUCCUCAAAAAGAAGAACAACUUCGAAUGGUCUCCAGAAUGUCAGCAAGAUUUGAAGGAUUUGAAAAUGUAUUUGUCAAGUCCUCCACUACUGUCAAAAUCAGAGGAAGGCAAACAACUGCCGAUCUACUUAGUGGUCUCGAAUAGCGCCUGGGACUGUUGCCUUUGGUACCAAAGCAGCAGGAAUGGUGUCAGAGCCAACAUCAAGAGUUUUGAGGUUGUUCAUGAACGGGGUUUCCAAUAUGAACGGGUCCGGGCUCAUCUUAGUGCUGGUCACGCCCUCGGUGGAAACCCUAAAGCAGGCUAUAAGAACCGUUCCUCUCACUAA